AUGUCAGCUGCUAAAGAGACAAAGGGACGUGGCGAACUUUCAGAAGAGCAGCGCCAAGAAAUUCGCGAGGCCUUCGAUCUUUUUGAUACCGAUGGCUCAGGCUCUAUUGAUGCCAAGGAGCUUAAAGUUGCUAUGAAGGCACUUGGCUUCGAACCAACAAAGGAAGAAAUUCGUCGUAUGAUCUCAGAUGUUGAUACAGAUGGCACUGGUGCAAUUAGCUUUGCCCAAUUCCUUCAGAUGAUGACCAAGAAGAUGGAAGAGCGUAAUCCAGAAGACGAAAUCCGUAAGGCAUUUCGUCUUUUUGAUGAUGACAAUACAGGUCGUAUUUCAUUCAAGAAUCUCAAGCGUGUUUCAGUCGAACUUGGUGAAAAUCUUACAGAUGAAGAGCUUCGCGAAAUGAUCGAAGAAGCAGAUCGUGACAACGAUGGUGAAGUUUCAUACGAAGAAUUUGUUCAUAUCAUGAAGAAGACAUCACUCUUCUAA